UCUCCCUCUCUCUCGACUUCUUUACUGUUUGCAGGUCCUUUUUCUUCUCUCCUUUGACGGAGAAGAUAUCAUCACCUCUGCAUGAAAACUCCUCCUACCACUUCUCUUGAACCCUCCUUCGCCGCCGCCUUCGCCGCCAUCGAGUUCGCGCGAGAGGAUAUGGGUUUCUUUCGAGGCGGCGGAAGUGAUCGCCAAGGGAAGCAAAAGGAGUGAGGAGGACUGCGAUUUGAUCUUGCCGGGGGGGCGGGGGUGUGAGAUUGGGAGGAAUUACAGAUGGCGACGAGGAGGUGUAUGAACGCUGCGUGCGGGGUGACGGAGCCAGGGGGAGAGUGGAGGAGGGGGUGGGGACUAAGAUCGGGUGGUUUUGCUAUGCUAUGCGUCAAGUGCGGGUUGGCAUAUGAGCAAUUAGCUUUCUGUGACAUUUUUCACCAGAAAGAGUCUGGGUGGAGGGAGUGUUCUUCUUGUGGCAAGCGCUUACAUUGUGGAUGCAUUGCUUCAAAAUCUUCCUUUGAUCUACUUGAUAUUGGAGGAGUUCAGUGCAUUGGCUGCAUGAAGAACCCUGAAGCACCUUUUAUGCCAAGUGAAGUAGUUCAAAAUUUUUUGUCUCAACACCAUCAAGCGGUCUUUGCUCUCUCAACUAGAUGUUCAAAAGAAAAUGAUACUGAUACAGCAGUAGUUAGUCGUGCCUGCGAAAUGUCCACCACUACUGCUGAUAGUAAAAUUGAUGUUGGUGCUUUUGUUAAGGGAAAGGGUAUGAGCAAUGUGGAUGUAGAGCAGAGUGAGAGUGAAAUCAGAUCGUUUGGGCAUAUCAAGUGGGAGCAACAGUCUCCUGACAUAGGAAUUGCAAGUUUCUCAAACAGAUAUCAAGGUCCAGUAGUGUCUUCCCAAAUAUCCCAACUAGAUGAGAAGGAUUUUGUGAUAGAUAAGUCUAUAAGUGAGUCACUAGCCCAGGCUUGUCUUAGUAUGAGCUUGGGAAAUACAAACCAAGGCAGCAACAUGGAAUCAUGUUCUAGUGCAGAAAGGCCACUUCUUGCGCUCCCUAUGGCUUGUUCAGUAGCUGAAGGAAAGGAUGAAAGAAAAUCGUUGUCUUUCUUUCAACAGUUGCCAAGGGCUCGUUUUCUUGCAAAGCCUCCAAAGACAAGUAAUCGAGCUUUUUCAGAUGCAUCUAGGAGUGCACUUCCAUAUAUGCGAGUUGCAAGGCCACCUGCCGAGGGCCGUAAUCAAUUACUUCCACGUUAUUGGCCAAGAAUUACAGACCAAGAACUACAACAAAUAUCUGGAGAUUCAAAUUCCACCAUAGUGCCGCUAUUUGAGAAGGUUCUGAGUGCUAGUGAUGCAGGUCGUAUUGGCCGUUUAGUUCUUCCAAAAGCUUGUGCAGAGGCAUAUUUUCCUCAUAUUUCUCAACCGGAAGGUGUUCCAUUAACAAUUCAAGAUACGAAGGGCAAAGAAUGGCAUUUUCAGUUUAGAUUUUGGCCAAAUAACAACAGUAGAAUGUAUGUCUUAGAAGGUGUUACUCCUUGCAUACAGUCUCUUCAGCUGCAAGCUGGUGAUACAGUGACUUUUAGCCGAAUAGAUCCUGCAGGUAAACUUGUCAUGGGUUACCGAAAGGCAACAAACACUGUGCCAUUACAGCAGGAUUCUCAGAUUUCUGCAAUUGCUAAUGGUACAUUUGGCAAUGAAACAUUGUUUUCUGGUGUUAAUGAGAACAUAUCUACAGUAAGUGGAUAUUCUGGAUUUCUUCGGUCAUUAAAGGGUGCCAUGGACCCAUACUUGAGUUCUCAAUUAGAACAUAUGAAUGCAUCUGAUGAGGAAAUCAGUUGGCAUAAGGGUGGAAUGCCAAAUGAAGGACUGCAGCUUCAGCCUUUACAAAAAAGAAGCCGCAACAUUGGUACCAAAUCUAGGAGGUUCCUUAUGGACACUGAAGACGCCUUGGAGCUCAAGCUUACUUGGGAGGAGGCUCAAGAAUUGCUUCGUCCACCUCCAAGUGCCAAACCUAGCAUUGUUACGAUUGAGGAUCAUGAGGUUGAAGAAUAUGAAGAACCACCAGUCUUUGGCAAGAAAACCAUUUUUACAGCUCGAUCUUCUGGAGAGCAAGAUCAAUGGGUCCAAUGUGAUGAUUGCUUAAAAUGGCGUCGGCUACCUGUGGAUGUUCUUCUUUUGAAAUGGACUUGUGCUGAUAACACAUGGGACCCUAAAAGGUCUUCAUGCUCUGCACCUGACGAAUUGAGCCAUAAAGAGAUGCAAAUUCUUCUCAGGCAGUAUGAAGAUCUCAGAAAACAGAGGAUGAGUGCAAGUUUCAAGCAAACUUCUUCAGAUCUGGCAGCAUCUGGUCUUGAUGCAUUGGCUGCUGCGGCUGUUCUUGGGGACGCAGGAAACCAAGCCACAAUUCCAUAUGCAACCACCACCAAACAUCCACGGCACCGCCCUGGCUGCACCUGCAUUGUCUGCAUCCAGCCUCCCAGUGGUAAAGGGCCAAAACAUGAUCCUGCAUGCACAUGUAAUGUUUGCAUGACUGUGAAACGCCGCUUCAAGACUCUCAUGAUGCGGAAGAAGAAACGUCAAUCCGAGCGCGAAGAAGCUGAGGCCCAUAAGAAGCUUGCAUGGGGCAGCAAGGAAGAGAUUGAAGGAUCUAGCAGCUCUCCAAAGGGUGCCCAGCAUCUGGAUCCCCAUCAGGAGAAUGAAUUUGGCCCGGAAAGCAGCAAAUCAAUAAUUGAACAGCUCGAAACAAGCAAGGGGCACAUCGACUUGAACUGCCAUCCAGGGUCUAAUGAGGAUUCACAGACAGCGCCUCCGCGACUUAGCAUGAUGAGCCUUCUCCAGGAUGCAUACCGACCCUUGGAAACAUAUCUAAAGCAAAAUGGACUUACGAGCUUGACUAGCGAACAAGUAAACCAGGGGAGUCCGAGCUCGUUUACUGUCCCACAGGCUCCUGGAGAAAGCGAAGGAAAAGCACCAGACGAAGGUCAUUUUGCCUCUGAAGAGCAAGAAGAUGGCGAUGAUGGUGAUGAUGGUGCAGACAUGGUCACCAGCGAUGCUUCUUGAGUAUGUUCUGUGUGAUGAGAACCAGAGAAUGCAGUGAUUCCCUUUUGGCAUGCCGGCUUUUGUGUUCGAGGUGCAGUAGCCUUCGUUCUCUUUCCACACUUAUCUCCUUUUAUCGAGGAUAUCAAGGAUAGUGAGUGUGUGAUAAUCCACGGAGCGCAGGUUUCAUUUGUUCCUCGUGCUUCAUGUUUUGUGUAAGUGGUGGACUCAAUUUUCAUGUUGUGUUCCAUAUUGGAUUCUCUUAGCAUGAACAUCCUCGAAAUCAAUGUAUUAUGUGCCCUCCCCUUGUAUUGUUCCUUUGUUAUGCUCUUAAUUGUCUCCGCCAAUUUAAUUGCUUCU